AUGCUAUGGUGCGCGUCAGAGUUCAAGGGCCGCAUUGCUGUCUCCAGGCUCUCUCGCUGUACUUCUCUGGUCGCAGUGUCCGUGGUCGCAGCAGCAGCUGCCGCUGCGCCCGGCAGUGAGAUGGCCGCUCUCUGCUGGCAGGAAGGCACUCCCUUCACCUUCGAGCUGUGCUGCAGGAUCUACCAAGAAGGUGUUCGAGGUCAUCCGCAGUGCUGGAACAGCGAACUCACGCACAGCACGUGCUGCGUUCCCGAAGUUCAGGCGCGCAUCGAAGCGGGCGUCCAGCGCAUUCGCGCGGGCGCGCACCUGGAGGCCAGCAACGUCUUCUUCGACCUUUUUAACUAUGUCAGGGAAGACGAUGUUUCAGCUUUGAAGGCUGUGUGGGCAGGUUUUCAGAAAGCCACGCAGGAGUUCAGGGAUCACUUGAACAGGGAACCUCACUCCCUCUCAUACUUCGAGGUCCUGUUUCACGGCCUCGGGCUUAACUGCACGGAGCAGUUCGUUCCCGGCAGCGGCCCACGGCCCACGAGCGCGGACCCCUACCUGCAGUGGGCCCGCUGCUGCGCGGCGACGGGGGUCUUCGGGAACAAGGCCUGCAACUCGCUCUUCGAGAUGAUGGCUCAUGCGCUGGGGCGCGGCGGACGGCUGCGCGGGGCCUCGGAGCCCGAGUCCGGCGCAUACUACGGAAACAUGUCCGAGCUGUGGGCCUUCCACCACUUCACGCCCUCCGUCCUGGGAAGCUCGGACGCCACGGAACCCCACGGGGAGCAGCUCCGGCGCGCCUACGACGUUGACGCAGAGCUGGCAGGGUCCCUGAAGGCCGUUGGGGAGCCAAGCCUGGGCAUCCUCUGGGCGGAGUAUGUGGACUACACGUCGACGAAGUUUAUGGACGGGGUCUACUAUCUCACGCUGCUGCUGGAUACGAUGCGGCGCGCGGGAGCUGCAGAAGAGGUCGACCUCGUCGAGGUUGGCGCUGGCUUCGGCAGCAUGCCGCGCCUCUUGGCCCAGGCACGCCCGCGCAUGCGCGAUUUGGCGGGGGGCAGGGUGAGCGUGCGGAGCUACACCAUCUUCGACGUCCGCUCGGUCAUCGACCUGCAGCGGUGGUACCUCGGCCGAACAGCUGGAGAUUCUGUGCUGCAGCGAGACUGGGCCGAUGCGGGGCUCGAGGCCGCGAUGGACGCCGCGGGCUGGGGCCGCGCGGGCUCCGCCCGGGCCCUCUGGCCCGAGGUCCUCGCCGCGGGGCCGCCGGCGGAGCGCCUGCCCCCCCUGCGCGUGGACUUCGUGGACCCGGACGCCCGGGACCUCUUCGCCCACCUCUACGCGGAGGCCCACGGCGAGGAGGUCGAGGCCGGGGCAGCUGCCACAGGGGGUGCGGCGCGUCGCCCGAGCCGGGCCCUGAUCGCGGUGAACUCCUGGCACGAGUUCGUCAUGGCCGAUUACCUCUGGUACUACAACACCCUCGUGGCGUCGCCGCUCUGGCGGAUGGGCGUGGACUGGAUACUGUACGUGUCGAACCGGGAGUGGGCAGGGAACGCGGGCAAGGAGGCGCUGUUGCUCAGCAAUCGGAGCCACCAUCGAUUUGAGGUCGUCUACGAGCGCUGCUCGGAGGUCACGUGCACACGAGUGCUGAAGCGGGUCACUUCUCAAGCUGCUGAGUGA